AUGGUCAAGGACUCAGAUAUCGUCGGCCACAGUCUGGCAGAGGUCUUGCCUCAUAACCCGAAAUACUGGUUCCAGACUCCUCAUCUACUGCGACUCAACCUCCUCCUUCUCGUCCCCUUGAUCGGCUCCUCGGUCGCAGGUUACGAUGGCUCUCUCAUGAACGGUCUCCAGUCCCUUCCACAAUGGAGAGAAUACUUCGGGCACCCGGCAGGCUCGCUCCUGGGUCUCGUCAACGGCGCUCAAUCAAUCGGAUCAGUAAUCUCCCUGCCACUCGUGGGAUGGUUUUCCGAUAAAUUUGGGCGCAAGCCCGUUCUCCUGGCUGGCGUUAUCAUGAUUAUCAUUGCUACGGUUAUUCAGGCUGCGUCUGUCAAUCUGGCCAUGUUCAUUGUCUCCCGACUCAUCGUUGGCUUCGGCGGCAUGUUCGUCGUACAACCCUCACCUAUGCUCAUCGCCGAGCUGGCAUACCCCACGCAUAGAGGAAAAUACACCAGUGCCUACUGGACCAUGUACUACCUAGGCGCAAUCCUAGCAUCCUGGACCACCUUCGGCACCCAAGACUACCCCAGCACCUGGUCCUGGCGCAUCCCUUCAAUCCUCCAAGCCGGCUUCCCCCUCAUCCAACUCGCAUUCUGGUACUGGAUCCCCGAAUCCCCACGCUGGCUAAUCGACCAAGACCGCGCGCCCGAAGCGACGGCCAUCCUGACCAAAUACCACGCCGGGCCCGAGUUCACAGGCUCUUCCUCGCCCCUCGUCGCCCGCGAGAUCGCCGAGAUCGUGCACACGAUCCAGCUCGAGAAGCAGGCAAAGCACACCGGCUGGUCGGCUCUAGUCGCUACGCCGGGAAAUAGAAAGAGGACGCUCAUUGCCGUGUGUCUGGGUGCGUUUGCGCAGUGGAAUGGUAUCGGUGUUGUGUCCUACUACCUCACGCUCGUUCUGGAUACAGUCGGCAUUACCGAUUCCUUCGACCAGACGCUCAUCAACGGCCUGCUCCAGAUCUUCAACUUCGCGGCCGCUUUCUCGGCAGCCAUUCUCGUUGACAAACUCGGACGCCGCACGCUGUUUAUCUGGUCGGGGAUUGGCAUGUUGGUGUCUUAUAUCGUGUGGACGGCGUGCUCGGCUGUUAAUUCAGAUACGGGAUCCAAACCUGCUGGAAUCGUGGUUGUUGUGUGUCUGUUCACAUUCUUCUUUCACUACGAUAUCGCAUACACGCCCCUGUUGUUGUCGUACCCAACCGAGAUUUUCCCUUACUCGUUGCGAUCGAAGGGCAUUGCCGUGGAGUUGUUCGCUAUCUAUGGUAGUUUGGUGAUCGCUGCAUUUGUCAAUCCUAUCGGAUUGGAGAAUAUUGGAUGGAAGUACUACAUUGUAUUCUGUUGUUUCCUGGUCGUCUUCCUUGCUGUUACCUGGUGGUUGUUCCCGGAGACAAAGGGACACAGUCUUGAGGAGAUUGCGGUGCUUUUUGAUGGCGAGGCGGCGAACGUUGAGGAUGUGAGACUUGAUGAGGAUAAGAUCCUGGCCAGCGCGGGCGUUGAUCACCACGAGGUUGUGGGCAAGAUUGACCACGUCUAG